AGAUAAGAGAUAAAUGAAUAAUUAUUAUUUGUAAAUUGUAAUAUAUUUCAUAAUACUAAAUUUUUUUAUUUACGAAUUUCUUUACAAUAAAAUUUGAUAUGAAUUCAGGGAUCUUGUGUUAAGCGGUUAAUGGAUUUUAAAGAUAACAGAAUGAGAAGAACGCACGGAGGAAAUCAAUACGAUCCAUUACCAUCCACAAGUUCGUUUGGUAGUGAAUUCAUAGAGCAUGAAAAUGACGACUUGACAGAACAAUUAAAAAAUAAAGUGAAUACACUAAAGUCUUUAUCUAUUGAUAUUGGGGCUGAAGUGAAGUAUCAAGAUCGGUUACUUAGAGAUAUGGAUCAUGAUUUCGAAACAACUGGAGGUUUUCUAAGUAACACCCUUGGGCGGGUUACUAGGCUUAGUAGAAAUAGUGGCGGUUACAAUAUGUUUUACCUCGUAUUAUUUACUAUAGCCGUCUUUUUUGUUUUAUACGUUUUUUUAAAAUUUAGGUAGGGUACCAAUAGUUAUUAAAAAAAAUAUUCCGUUUUUUUUUAAAUGAUUUCCUUAAAUAAAUUCUUGUGUAAUAAAAUUAUAAGGUUGUUAUAGUUUUGUUUAUAUUAAAAAGUUAAAUACCUAUAAAUUGUAUGUUUAAUGUUAACAUUAUUUUUUUAAUUUUUAAAUUUACGUUGUGUAUGUGUAGGUUAUCAAUUUUAUAUUAUUAAGUGUUUUAUAAAAAAAUUUGUUAAUUAAAUUAAAAUGUAGCUAUUAAAAAUGUAUUACUUAUAAUAAACUAUAAAUCUUAAAAUAAAUAAAUUUUUUUUCAUCAAUAGCCUUUUAAAUUCAAAGCUCUAUACCAUUUGUAUGAAAUAUUGUUCAUUUAUAGAUACCAA